AUGGAAUCCCUACGUAUAUUUCUUCUUGUUGCUGCUGCUGCAUCCGUUUGCAUGCAGCAGCUGCCUGCAGCAGAAUGUUUAAGUCGGGUGUCUCGUGAGUCAGCUAUACAGUCUGUAGAUCAUUUUGCUGCUGCUGCUGCUCCUCCUGCUGCUGCUGAUGCUGCUGCUCUUGCUGCUGCAGCAGAAGAAGCAGAUGUCUCCAAAAGACAGAAAACACACAGGAAGAAGAUAACAUUCAGCAGCAACAGCAGCAGCAGCAGCAGCUCGUUGCUGCAGCAGCAGCAGGGUAUAACAGCUGCAGCAGCAGCAGCAGCAACAGCAGCAGCAUUACCAACAAACCCUGAAGGAAAGGAGAAGAAAAAAGAUCCUUUCUUAUUCUUUGAUGAUGAUGAUGAUGAGGAGGAGGAGGAAGAAGAAGAAGAAGAAAAAGAGGAAGAAAAAGAAGAAGAAAAAGAAGAAGAAGAAAAAGAAGAAGAAGAAAAAGAAGAAGAAGAAAAAGAAGAGGAAGAAGAAGAGGAAGAAGAAGGAGACAAAGAAAAGGAGACAGAAGAUAAUGAUGAAGAUCUAGAUGACGAUGUUUUCUUCAAACUUAAAUUCAGCAGCAGCAGCAGCAGCAGCAGCGACGACAGCAGCAGCAGCAGCAGCAGCAGCAGCAGUUCAGCAAGCAAGGGCAGUCACGAUAAAUUAGCAAAAAAAAGAGAAGAAGCAGCAAAAAGAUUAAAAGAUGUAGGUGCCUAUACACCCCAAUAUAAAAAGGAGACACCUAAGGAGACACUUGGAGACAGUUGCCUAGUAGUACAAUGCUAA